AAAUACAUUAAAAUCCAAGGCCAGUGGAUAUGUUGGUUAACCUGUUUAUGUGAGUCACUGACAUAUUUCUGACGUUUCGCGCAACAACAAUAAAUAUAAAUAUGGGUCUUUUUGGAAAAACGCCGGAGCGCACCCCCAAAGACAUGGUAACUGAAUGGAACCACAAACUGCGCAAAGAAGGUUACCAACUAGACAGGCAGAUUAGAGCCAUACAACGCGAGGAAGAAAAGGUCAAACGUUCACUCAAGGAGGCAGCCAAAAAAAAUGAUAAAGAUACUUGCACCAUUCUGGCCAAGGAGAUUAUUAGGGCUCGGCAUGCUGUCAACAAGAUAUACACCUCAAAAGCACACAUUAAUUCUGUCAUGUUGCAAAUGAAAAAUCAAUUAGCAACGUUGAGGGUGGCUGGCUCACUAUCAAAGUCUACAGAAGUAAUGCAGGCAAUGCAACGCUUAAUCAGAGUUCCAGAAGUUGCUCAGACAAUGCAAAACAUGUCCAAGGAAAUGAUGAAAGCAGGCAUCAUUGAAGAGAUGUUGGAUGACUCAAUGAGCAUCAUGGAGGACUCAGAAGAAAUUGAGGAGGCGGCGCAAACCGAGGUUGACAAAGUCAUUUGGGAGAUUACUGAAGGUAAAAUUGGCGAGGCUCCACUCCCCCCAUCAAAACAGGAGGAUGUGGCAACACCAUCAAGGGAAGAAGAGGAGGAAGAGGAUCCAGAAGAACUGGCAGAAAUGCAGAGCAGAUUGGCAGCUUUGAAAUCUUAAACCACCUGUGAUAAUCAAGUAUUUUGUUGUACAAAACCAGAUUUAAUAUAUUACUGUUACACGCCUGUUAGGAAGAGUAUUAACAAGACCUGUUUGUAGCUUUUGAUGUAUUGAGAAGCUGCCUUACCUCUUGUAUGGAUGGUCUUAGAAUAACUAUUACUUUUUGCAUUUUGAAAGUGUAUACUAAUAAAAUGACAGUUUAGCACGUAAGCACUUUUUAAUAAUCGGUACGUUUAUACUGAUUUACAAAAUUGUAUAUUUUGUAUUUAUUUGUUUAUAUGUAAUUUAUAGCAGAGUUUAAUAAAGCUUAUUUUAAAAUA